GGCCCCGUGUUAAGGAGGGAGGUCUGCUUUGGAUAAAAUAGGGACAUUCAACUGCGUCUUCGAUUUCCACCCUGCCGGAACGAAACCAGGAGCUGGAGAGCAUGUAUGAUUAUCUAGCCAAGGUUAUUCUUCUUGGUCCUAGUGGUGCCGGAAAGUCCUGUGUGCUCCACCGAUUUGUCAAGAACGAAUGGAGAGUGCUAUCGUCGCAAACGAUCGGAGUUGAGUUCUCCUCUCGAAUCGUCAAACUAGGCACCGGGCCCCGACGAACGAGGAUCAAACUACAACUUUGGGAUACUGCUGGGACGGAGAGGUUUCGAUCUGUAUCAAGAUCCUACUACAGGGGAGCUGCGGGGGCAAUUCUCAUUUACGAUGUCGCAUCCCAGGCCUCGUUUUCCUCCCUUCCGACCUUUCUAAUGGAUGCGCGAGCUCUCGCGUCUCCGAAUCUCACUGUCCUCCUCGCUGGGAAUAAGGCUGAUCUUACAAAUGAGUCAUUCUCCAAUGGAGACUACCACGAAGAUGGAAUGCGACCCCCCAUGACCCCGUCCAGCACGUCUAGCCGACAGUCAUCGUUUCCAUAUGAUUCUGUGGCUGGUUCCUUUCGUUCGAGCAAUAUGGGGGCGGGUACCAAGAUGACUGCUACGCAUGCUUCAUAUGGUCGCGAAGUCGGUGUUGAAGAAGCUUCGCACUGGGCUGCUAAGUCUAAUAUUCCGGCUGUCGUUGAGGUCUCUGCUCUCACAGGGGACGGCGUAGAGGAGCUCUUUCAACGACUUGCGCGCAUCAUACUCACGAAAAUUGAGCUCGGAGAGAUCGACCCCGAUGACCCGCAAAGUGGUAUUCAAUAUGGAGAUGGGGGUGUUUAUGGCCAUGGGACGAGUGAUGCUUCAAGCAUAAGAAGCCAGAUGACACUUGAUGACAGUGCUGUCCAACUCCACCGGAGGAAUACAAGGCGACGAGGCGGUGGAGGUAACUGGAGGACGGGUAUGGGCGAGUGGGAAGACGUUUUCAGACUCAGCGGAUCACACAACAGGAAGCGACCAGGAUGCUGCUGAACUGUUACGAUCGAAUCGUUGUCCCCGGAUCACACCUCGCAAUACUGCUUUUAUCUACUUAAGUCUGACGUGGCAUAUCGAUACAAGGUGUUGGUCUAAAGAUUACCAAUCCCAGCGGCGCUCCUUUGCUCUCCGUGUCAGAUAAUGCCCGUUUCUUCAUUUCUCUACUGCACUAUACCCCGAUUACGUUCGUUGUUAAUUUUCAUACACUGUUAUCUGGCAACACAUGAUGUGUUGUUUACCACUAUUGAGCCAGUUUCUAGGUGCUGCGCCCGGCUGCGCCUCUCUUAAUGGAAUAUUGCCCUUGACCUGCAGGUCCAACUAAAGAAAAGUACUUCCUAGAUGGCGCCUGGAUGAGCGUACACCAGACUUAUUCGAAGCGCAAAUAAAUUAAUGAUCCAUUUUCGGAAUGCAAACAUUGAAA